CGCGCCGCCGCCAGCAUGGGCUGCGCCCCGAGCAUCCACAUUUCCGAGGGCCGGGCGGUGUACCACGGCGGCAAGGAGGCCGAGGACGCGCCCGCCGCCGCCGCGCCGCCGCCGCCGCCGCCGCCGCCCGCCGGCCCGAAGACCACCGCCUCGCCCCGGGCCCGCGGCGCCGGCCUCGCGGAGCCCGAGCCUCGCGACGGCAGCGGCGGGAAGGUAGCAGUAACUGAUGUGCAGUUUGGCCCCAUGAGAUUUCAUCCAGAUCAACUCCAGGUACUUUUAGUGUUUACCAAAGAAGAUAACCAGUGUAAUGGAUUCUGCAGGGCAUGCGAAAAAGCAGGGUUUAAGUGCACAGUUACCAAGGAGGCUCAGGCUGUCCUUGCCUGUUUCCUGGACAAACAUCACGACAUUGUCAUCAUUGACCACAGAAACCCCCGGCAGCUGGACGCAGAGGCGCUGUGCAGGUCUAUCAGAUCCUCAGAACUCUCUGAAAACACAAUUAUUAUUGGUGUAGUACGGAGGACGGAUAGAGAAGAGUCCUCUGUGAUGCCCCUCAUUGCUGCUGGCUUUACAAGGAGGUAUGUGGAAAACCCCAGCCUCAUGGCCUGUUACAAUGAACUGCUCCAGCUGGAGUUCGGAGAGGUGCGGUCCCAGCUGAAACUCAGGGCUUGUAACUCAAUAUUCACGGCAUUAGAGAAAAGUCAAGAAGCAAUUGAAAUUACAAGUGAAGACCGCGUUAUACAGUAUGCAAAUCCUGCAUUUGAAACAACCAUGGGCUAUCAGUCAGGUGAAUUAAUAGGAAAGGAGUUAGCAGAAGUGCCUAUAAAUGAAAAAAAGGCUGAUUUGCUCGAUACUAUAAAUUCAUGCAUCAGGAUAGGCAAGGAGUGGCAAGGAAUCUACCAUGCCAAAAAGAAAAAUGGAGAUAAUGUGCAACAAAAUGUGAAGAUAAUACCUGUCAUUGGACAGGGAGGAAAAAUUAGACACUAUGUGUCCAUUAUCAGAGUGUGCAAUGGCAGUAAUAAGGCUGAGAAAAUAACUGAAUGUGUUCAGUCUGACACUCAUACAGAUAAUCAGUCAGGCAAACAUAAAGACAGAAGGAAAAGCUCGCUAGAUGUCAGAACUCUUGCUUCUCGAACAAGUGAAGUUGGCAGUCAGAGACGACACUCCUCCAUGGCCCGGAUACAUUCCAUGACGAUUGAGGCGCCCAUCACCAAGGUAAUCAACAUUAUCAACGCUGCCCAGGAGAGCAGCCCCAUGCCUGUGACGGAAGCCUUAGACCGUGUGCUGGAAAUCCUGAGAAGCACUGAAUUAUAUUCACCACAGUUUGGUGCUAAGGAUGAUGAUCCUCAUGCCAAUGACCUUGUUGGGGGCUUAAUGUCUGAUGGUUUGCGAAGACUCUCUGGGAAUGAGUAUGUUCUUUCGACAAAAAAUCUUCAGCAGGUGCCCAGCAGUAUAAUCACCCCCAUCUCCCUUCACGAUGUCCCCCCACGGAUAGCUCGGGCCAUGGAAAACGAGGAGUACUGGGACUUCAAUAUUUUUGAACUGGAGGCUGCCACAAAUAAAAGGCCUUUGAUUUAUCUUGGUCUCAAAAUAUUUGCUCGCUUCGGAAUCUGUGAAUUCUUGAACUGCUCCGAGACAACACUGAGAUCGUGGUUACAGAUUAUUGAAGCCAAUUACCACUCUUCUAACCCCUACCACAACUCCACACACUCUGCUGACGUGCUUCACGCCACUGCCUACUUUCUCUGCAAAGAGAGGAUAAAGAUCUCUUGUUUGCAGCAAACUUUAGAUCCAGUUGAUGAGGUCGCUGCCCUCAUCGCAGCCACCAUCCACGACGUGGACCACCCUGGGAGAACCAACUCCUUCCUGUGCAAUGCUGGAAGCGAGCUGGCCAUUUUGUAUAAUGACACUGCUGUGCUGGAGAGCCACCACGCGGCUCUGGCCUUCCAGCUGACCACCCGGGAUGACAAAUGCAAUAUCUUCAAAAACAUGGAGAGGAAUGACUAUCGGACGCUGCGCCAGGGUAUCAUCGACAUGGUCUUAGCCACAGAAAUGACAAGGCACUUCGAGCAUGUCAACAAAUUUGUCAACAGCAUCAACAAGCCUCUGGCAGCCCUCGAAGUAAAUGGGGAAGUGAAUAGAGAUGAAGAAGCCAUAAACACUAUGCUUAGAAGUCCAGAGAACCGGACUCUGAUUAAACGGAUGCUGAUUAAAUGUGCGGAUGUGUCCAAUCCCUGCCGACCCCUAGAGCAGUGCAUUGAGUGGGCCGCACGCAUCUCAGAAGAAUAUUUUUCUCAGACUGAUGAGGAGAAGCGGCAGGACUUACCUGUGGUGAUGCCAGUUUUUGACAGAAACACCUGCAGCAUCCCCAAAUCCCAGAUCUCCUUUAUCGACUACUUCAUCACCGACAUGUUCGAUGCUUGGGACGCCUUUGUAGACCUGCCUGAGUUAAUGCAGCAUCUUGACAACAACUUUAAAUACUGGAAAGGACUGGACGAGAUGAAGCUGCGGAGCCUCCGACCGCCCCCCGAAUAGUGCCGCCCGCUGCCUGGGCCCUGAAGCUUCAUCCCUCCCCUCAUCUGGAAUUCCUGAGGGCAGCUGAGUCCCUCGGUCCUUUCAGUAUUAGGCAGAAUGGUGCCCAGGUCUUCAGAGCCUGUGAAAGCACAUGGGGACAACACUGCCCUUCUCGAGCCAUCAUCUGAUGCCAUUGCCACCAAGUGUGACUUAGUCUGCCACACUCGGCCUGUGGCUCUUCAGAAAGUCACAGGGGAACCGGUUUGCGCUAGCUUUCCUUGUAACGAGCUCAGAGUGACCCUCCAAAGGACACUGAUGGAUUUCCUGCCGGUCUUGUUGCAAACAAUUUCAACUGUGUCCAGCACUUAGCAACAGCUCAUGGCAAUCGGAGCUUUAGCAACUUUUUCACAUCAUAGAAGGUGCAAUCACUCACUUUGGAACACUACUGAAAGUGACUUCUCUUUUGAAACUGAGUAGCAAAUGAAAAAUGCAAAGAAAUUUUGAAGUUAAUUAUUAAAUACAAAGAAAUUUUGAAGUUAAUUAAUAUCAAUUAUUAAAAUGUUUUAUUUAUUUUAUUAGAAGUUCAAUAUUUUCUAUGAAUUUUGAAAUACUUCAAAGCCAAAGCCAACUUUAAAUGCCAUGACCAAAUUUACAUGAUUCAUACUCAUUAAAUAUGUAUUACUUGGUAUACAGACUUAUUUUCAUAACGCAAAUUAAAACUAUAAAAUGACACAUUUUUAUUGCACUACAGAAAUAUUUGUGUAUGUUAAACUCUUUUCUGAUUGAUGCUAAUUGGGAAAACCUGUCUUGGGGCAGGGGGUGGGGUCUGAGUCUGAAACGCUCACGAAGAGCUGCUCCUCUGUAUAGAAAGCAGAGCUCUGGAACUGCUUGAUGGGCUUUGCAGGCACCUCCCCAUAGUCAAUGAACUUAAGACCUAACAUAUUUUUCCUAAAAUUUUAUAAUUGAAUUCCCAAAACUCUGCCUUAUUUUAUAGUGUUUCUACAAGAUAUUCCCUCCCAAAGAACAAGAAUGGAAUAUUUAGUGAGCUGACAUUUUAUAACCAAUCUGUUUUCAUCUGAGGUGGGAAUCUUUGAUUCCAGAAAUUUAUAAAGGUUCUGUAUCUUCACGUUUUGAAUAAAUGUAGUACCAUAAAAAAAAAAUGACACAUGAUGACAUGUCAGAGUGCUUGUCAUUUUAUUUUAAAGUUGUAUUUUUUUCCCAGAUAAAAAUGAAAUUAAACUAUUUGUUUUUAAGAAA